UUAAGUCUUUUUCUAAUCAGAACAUUUUGGGGGAAAAAAUCAUAGCUAGGUAGUUAAGCAUAGAAUAUCACAAAAUGUCAAGCAAAGCAUAAAAUUAGUCUAUUCAGCCAAAUUGCACUGACACUGCCUGUCAGUAGUAUAGUGCUCCAUGAAUACAGGAACUGAUGACACGUGUAACCGUCUGAGUCACCAGGGACUCACAUACCCAAACUUUUCAAACUCAGCAAAUUGUUCUACUAUUCACACCUCUGAGUCACUGACGUGUUCUUCAAAGAAAAGCGGGAAAUUAUCAACCUCGUUUUCACCAGUGAGCAGAAAAUUAUUAUUCAGGUUUUUCAAAUGUUACAAAGUGGAGUAAAAUUACACGUAGUCAUGCAGAUGUCAGAGAAGAGACAUUUCCUGAAAGCUGGGGAAGCAGGAGUUUUACAAGUUGUGCAAAAAAGUAUAUUUGCUUGAAAACUUUUGCUACGUCUUUAAACAACUUCAGCAACUUGCAAACCAUGCGUUGGAAAAAAAAAUGUCUUUGCAGUUAUUGAAUUUAAAGAGCGGUGUUCAUUUUUACUUCAUGUAAUUCAAAUGUCAGUCAAUUCAUAUUAUGUAAUGAGACACUUUCACCUUUUGUUUUAAGGAAGUGACCAGCACACUGAGAAGAGCUAGAUAAAUGGAAAUGUGAAUUAAUCAGAUAAAAAAAUAAUAAUUUCUGCCUAGGUUUAUUUAGCAGGUAGUUCAGCGUGCAUCGGCUUUUAGCCAAGCUAAUUUAAUUUAAGUCUGAGUCUUUAACACCACCACCACACUGAUUGUCAUUAUAUUUUAUUUACUUUCCUCAUUUUCAUGAACAUGGGAGAAACAUGUUUUCACUAGAACUACAGCAUGAUUCAAUGCUACAUGCCAUCAAAAUGAAAGAAAAUCAGCUUUUUUUAAAAUGAUUUUCUGCUACUUAGUCACAUGUAGCAGUCAUGGCUGACAAGCGUAUCUUAGCAACCUGAUUUACAUCUCUGUGCGUGUGUGCAUCACAUGGAACCCGAUUGACCUUUCAACGUAAGUCAAUCAAAAGAUUACACCACAGACAAACCACCUACGCAAUAACUUCCUUAUAAAAAGUCACUGAAUCUGCUCCCGAUGUCAAAUCCACUUUAAAGAAGUGAAGACAUCAUGAGCAUGCUCUACCUGUCAGUCCUGCUCCUGUGCCCUGGCAUUCUCUUGUGCGCCGCAGAGGAUCCCACCUACGAACACCAAGACCGGACAACAGGUGAAAUUCUCCAGUGCAAACAGUGCAAACCGGGAACUUACCGCACCGCUCACUGCACUGCCACCAUGGAAACGCAGUGCGCAACCUGUCAGAGUGACCACUACACGGAGCUGUGGAACUACCUCAACAGGUGUCUGUACUGCAACAACUUCUGCUCACAGAACCAGGAGGUGGAGACCGAGUGCUCUGUAACCAACAACAGAGUCUGUCGUUGCAAAGCAGGGUUUUACAUGAUGGAGGACUUCUGUGUCAGACACACAGAAUGUGGCCCUGGACAUGGAGUUCAGGCUAUAGGUACACCAAGAAAUGACACCGUGUGUGAAAAAUGUCUCAAAGGGCAUUUUUCCAACUCAUCUUCCGCCUCGGAUCAGUGUGUAAAACAUCAGGACUGCUCAGGGGAAAACGUCAUGCUCCUCCAAGGCUCAGCGUUCCACGACACAGUUUGUGGCACCUGUGAAAGUCUCGCAAACGGAGGUGAUGACCUCAGAGCAGUCCUGUCUGCAUCACUCACUGGGAGCAGGAUACCAAGAAGAGAUUUAAAAAGACUGAUUCACAAGAUCAUUCAGAAGGAUCAAGAGGAUGAUUUCACCGGAGACUCAGCUCUACCAAAGCAGAGAGGCCCUCUUGUAGAUGUGAUCAGAGUGUGGCUGGCCCAGGCUACUUCAGAGCAGCUCAAACAGCUGGCUAAAACCAUGAGGAAUUCCCAGUUUAGCUCCAUAGGAACUAAACUAGAAAGCAUCUUUGAUGAAAUUAAGCAGCGGAAUCCUACCUGCAGUUUAUAAAACCCAUGUGAGGAGCCUGUGCUGAACUUAAACAUCCUUUCUCGUAGUGUGCGUUUACUGAACAUAUUUUUUUUACAGAACUCUUUUAAUUUUGCAAUCAUGUGCAGCAUUAUUGGGAGCAACAGAGGUUAUCAGUAUUACUAAAUGUUCUUCAUGUCUCUAUAGGCUGGAAAAAAAACUGUUCAUUCUUUGUUUUUGUUUCCUGUAUGAUGGGCCAGGUUGCCAUUCAUAGUAGCGUAAUGACGUUUUUUGAAUAUCCCGGUGAAGUACUGAACUAUAUUUGUGUCAAAAAUAAGCUUUAGAAUGUUGUGAAAGGAAUGUAAAAUGUUUUGUAAAUUACAUGAAGUCAAACUGAAUUUAUAAACUGUUCUCGUACGGCAACAAAAAUAAAGUUGAAGUUGUUUUAAGUAA